AAUCGGUUGAACUAUAUAUUUGGGAAAGAAAGAAGGAAAAGCCAACUAAAAGAAAAGAAAAGAACUCCUGGUGAAAAAUGUUGGUUCUACUGAUAUCUGUGAUAUUUUCGUGUGUAAUUGGAAUAUUUCUAAUAAUGUGGUCGGCAAAGCAAUUGUUACUUGGAGGGCUAGCAGUUAGUGGAGUAGCGGCUGCUGGCUACUUUGCAUACCGCUACUACAAGAACAGAAACACUAGAUAUGUGGACGAUACAAAAAGAGAAGAUAACGAAGAAACUAAUGAAGACGGCGAUGGAGAAACACAAGAUACUCAAGAAAACAGAGCAAAACAUACCAAGGGGGGAGAACAAGUUACUGAAGUAAAGAGAGAAGAAAAUGAAGACGGAGAAAACAGAGGAGAGAAUGGACGAGAACUACAAUUGAACAACCAAACUAAGGAUGACUUUGUCAACAACAAUGAACUUACGAAAGCUUGCAGCAACCUGAACAAAGAAGCUGUGAGAAAAGCAUCGACACUGCGACCRUGCCCAAGACCUAAGUUCCUUCAACACGUAAAGACGAUGGAAGAACUGGARAUGACGUUUGAAGCCCUUUCAGCUUACUUGUUCACACAGAACAGGAGCGAGGAAGAACUGAAAGAAGCAGAAAAAGAGCUUGGAUGGGCAUGGMAUGUAGCUGUUGCCUUUAAGAACAGACUUCCACAGCAUGUACCACUGAUGGAUGGAUGUAUUACUGAUGAUGAUGGAUGGCUGCCGUUACAAGAUGAAAAUGGAAUGCAAUCUGUUGAUUGAACUAAAAUAUUAAUCAAUCAAUAUUUAUAAUGUUAUAUGAUUUUCGUUAUUUUUGUAGUUUUUAAUAUGCUUUCCAUUUGACAUAUGCGUGACAGCUUUUGCUGUUUGA